GGGGAGGGAGAAGCAGCCCCGGGCAGGCGGCGCGCGCGCGGAGGCAGCCGCCAUUCAGCGCACGCGCAUUGUGAUGCGCUGCCCGCGUGGGGUGAGGGAAGCCGCCGGGGCCGCGGCGCCUCCGGCUGCAGGCGGGCCCCGCCCCGGCCCUUGAUAAGCGCGGGGAGGGAGGCGCGGCUCCCCCUCUGCCUGUAGCCGUGCAGCCAGCCGCCCUGCUGCUCCCUCCCUCCCUCCCUCCUGCCCGCCCCCGCCCUGCUCGGACACACGGUGAGCGCCGCCGCCGGGCGGCCCGAGCCCCUGCAGCUUCCCAGCCCUGCCUGCCUCUGGGGUUGUUGGCUGAGGGGCUGCCGGGCAAGGCCCAGGCCCAGGCCCCGCCCCAGGCCCCGCCCACCGCCGCAGCGGGGGCUACUUCCCAGCCCCGGGCGCUGUCUCCCCGCUGCGGGGGCUGUUCUGACGGGUCUGCCCGUGUCUCUCCCCGGCCCAGGGCCCGAGGCAUGGCGAGCGGCCGGCCAGCGAGGCGGACCUGUGGCAUCGCUCAGCGCACGGCAGGGCUGGCUCAGGAAGUCCUGGAACGGGCUAAGCGGCGGCGGCGGCAAGUGAGCUGGCCGGAGCCUGUGGAAGAAGAUUCUGAACGUCUCAAUGCAGCAUUUGCUUCAAUAGUGGAGUUCAUGAGUCGAACCACAAAGGAGUGUGAGAAAUAUUAUAGCUACGUGCCAGCAAGUAGAUGCCAAGAGAAUGAAAUUAAACACAUCUGCAGAUAUCACAGCAAACAUGCAGCAGAAAACUUGUUACAGACAUUGGAACAAGGGGCUAGAAAGGCUUCCAAAGAUCUCUACAUUGAAGUUUCCCCUGGCACCUAUUCUGUCACAGCAACCUCAGAGGAUAUGAUGAAAGAGACACAUGUGGUGGAUGUUAAUGCAGGACAAAGUAUUGAUUUAACUUUCACUAUAUGAUGAUCACUCUCUCUCAGCAAUCAUAGGAAUAAAACAAUACUAGGGUCUCCUAAAGAAUAAAUAUAACAAGCUAUGCAGAUCUGUUUCUCUUUAGCACUUUAGCAACUUCCUUUCUCUGGGCUUCUUCUAUUUUACUCACUUGUCUACUUAUUGUGCACUCAGUGCUAUUAUAGCCCAUUGUGUACACGGACAUUAUGAACGUUUGUAUAAAUAUGCCUUAAUUGAAAUUGUGACAUGUAUCACCCAGAGUUUGGGGUUAUUUUUAAGUCAAGCAAUCAGUGGAAUAAAGGAUUAAAAAUUAA